AUGGAGUUGGGGUCGGAUAUAAUACACGAUAUCGUUCAUCCCACGGCAGCCUUCUCUGAAGCCUUUCAGGUUCGUGCGAACCAUGACGGUGGCGGCGGUUCAUUUCAGUUGCCGCCAGCGGGUUGGGAGGCUUCUCAGCUGAAUCCCAAGAACCGCGUAGACAGCCUCGACCAUCUUCCGGAUCCUCUAUGGCGUAUCGAUGGCUGCACAGGACUAGGGACCCAAUUCUACGUUAUUCCGCUAUUUCUUCGCUGCGUACCGCCCAUCCGCAUAGAUGCCUUUAUUCCGGAGCAGUCAAGUCAGCCGUAUGAAAUUCGACAGCUGCUCGACUUGGAUAUGGCCUUCCACACCAAGGACCGAGCUCGGGUUCAAGAACUCAACAUAUCCAAGCACAUGCUUCGCGCUUUGCAAUUUUGGACGAAAUCUCUACCAGAACCAGAAGCACUCUUCACCUCCGUACCAUUCGGAUCUCGUAUCGUAUUCAAAACUCUAGCUCUGGAUAUCAGAGCCAUGGAAAUUGACGUUGCGCCAACUUACUACCUGGAACGACAAUUGCUUUCGGCGUCUGCCUUGGCUGAUAUGUGGGGUACUACAGUCCAACUGCCAGAAUGCAUCGACAUCUUCGAUGUUCACGUUGUCGAGCAGAUCCAUGACAGUGUGUGUCUUGUCCGAAUUCAUGAUCGCCUUUGGAUUCUCAAGACUUUGACGAGUUACACCAAGUAUUUGUAUCACGAACUCAAGCUGUUGCUGUCAGCGAAGCCACAUCCAAACGUUAUGUCACGACCAGCCCGCCUCGUCACGAAGCGAUGCAGCUUUGGUAGCAAGAUAGCCGUCGUCGGUUUCACGCUCGAGUAUCACCGUCAUGGUACCAUGAGAGACAUCGUGCCACUCCAAAGAAUCCACAACACGUUUUCCCCCGCUGAACAAUUCAAGUGGUCCAUACAAAUUACCUCGGGUGUGUUGCAUCACCGCAAAACCUCUGGCACAUUUUACCCGGACCUUCGUCUCGACAAUGUCGUCAUGUCCAAGGAUGGAGAUGCCAUCAUGGUUGACUUCGAGCAGCGUGGGGUAUGGUGCGAGUUUGCCUCCCCUGAAAUCAAUGCUAUCGAGUACAUCCGCUUGCUGGCCACUGACGAGGAUAUUCCGGACGACGUCAAGGAUAAAUACGCUGAGAUACUGAGGCGCAUGUGCCCUAAUUUCGAGGCCCUACAGAACAGAGAGGAGUACACGAACCCCGCCGACGGAUACAAUAUUUGUUGGGCAUGCCUCAGUCCGAAAGAGCAGGAGGCCGCCGAGGUGUAUAUGCUUGGAAGGGUAUUGUGGUGUAUCUUUGAGGGCGCUAGUGCUCCGCAGCAAGCUGCUGUUUGGCAGUCUUAUCGAUGGGAGGCAGAAGUCGACUUUCCAGCUUAUCUGAGGACACCGACAAAAUUAAGGUCACUAAUCGACCGGUGUACCAGUGGUCGUCGAGCCACGUUGGGGAACCAAAUCAGCAGAGAUGGCAGCAGGCUGGUGUUCAAGGAUUGCGAAAAAAUGGCCGAUCCGGGGGACAUCCGCACGGCUGCGGCGACGUGGUGGAAGAGAGAGAUAGCGUGGGCAGAAGCGUUCCUGGCCAUGAGAGAGAAUUCGAAAUCGACAGGGGAGUGGGAUGAGAAUCACUUUGACAGACCAAGUCUACAAGAGGUACUGGACGAGCUCAACAAGCUACGCAAUGAAAUUUGA